AUGCCUGCAUAUGGCUUAAAAGUCAAGGAUAAAGAGAAAUCUUGGGCUCUAUUCAAGAAAAUAACUUUGAAGCAAGGACAAGAGUUAAGUAUCAGUUCCAGUGUUUUAAAAAUUGGAAUGCAUAUUGUGGAUAGGUGCGGUGGAAUUCCUUUUGCAAUAAUAACAAUAGGAGGCUCGCUGCAUUUAAAAAAUUCGGAAACAGAGUGGUCCUCAUUCUUGGAAAAAGAGCUUUCAAAGAUACCUCAAACGGAAGAUGAUAUUAUCCCAACGCUUAAAUUGAGUUAUGAUCAUCUUCCAUCAAGUUUGAAGCAGUGUUUUGUAUAUUUUGCUUUGUUUCCUAAAGAUUAUGAAAUUGAUGUCGAAAUUCUAGUACAGCAUUGGAUGGCGCAAGGUUUUAUUAAAAUAUCAGAUCCAAAUGAUUGUUUGGAAGACGUGGGUUAUGAGUUUUUGAAGGAAUUACUUUGCAGAUCCUUUUUUGAGGAAGUUAAAAUAGAUGAUAAUGGCAAUGUAACAAAAUGCAAAAUGCAUGAUUUAAUGCAUGAGCUUGCGGAGUCAAUAACACCAUCUGAGUUUGAUAGGCGAAAUGGAAUUGCAGAACCAAUUAACAGUAAAACAUGUCAUGUCUCGUUGUACAAAUUCGAUUUGGAUUUAGUACAAAAAAUUCAACCUUCAUUGAUUCAAGCUAAAAAGAUGAGGACGAUUCUCGCGGCUGAAGUGAACGGUCCAGUGGUGUUUUGUAUGGGUAAUGAGUCAACAUGUGAUGAAAUUGUGGUUCAAAUGUUCUGGUUUUUUACAAGUGAUGGUGAGUCAACAUGUGCUGAAAUUGUGGUUCGACUGUUGUCGUUUUGUACAAGUGUUGGUGAUGGUGAGUCAACAUGCGAUGCAAUUGCUUUAAAUUUGAAGUUGUUACGCGCGUUGGAUUUGCAACUUUGUGGUAUUGGGAAAGUGCCUAAAUCUAUUGGUAAGCUGAAGCAUUUGAGACAUCUUGAUCUUUCUUAUAAUGGUUUUAAGGUACUACCAGAUUGUAUCACCAGAUUACAUAAUUUACAAACACUGAAGCUCAGUCGGUGCGAUUGUCUUCAAGUAUUGCCUAAGGACAUCAAUAAACUAAUCAACCUCCGGAGUCUAGAGAUUGAUGGGUGUUUGAGUCUGAAAUACAUGCCACGUGGAAUAGGUGAAUUAAGUGUUAAUGGAGCUUGA